AUGCUCAGUUCGGUGUCAGUCUCCUCUUUCAAAGGACGCAAGGGUGGGAACAAGUCGCCCAACAAAGCAUGUUACAGUGCAGACAUGACUUGUCCGCCAGACAGCGAGAAAAUCGUAAUAAACUGCGGAGGGGUGCGACACGAGACUUACCGCAGCACCCUCAAAACUUUGCCCGGUACCCGCUUAUCCUGGCUUACCGAUCCGGACGCGUUUAGCAACUUCGACUAUGACCCCAAAAUCGACGAGUUCUUCUUCGACCGCCACCCCGGCACGUUCACAUUCAUCCUCAACUACUACCGCACAGGCAAGCUUCACUGUCCCAACGAUGUGUGCGGCCCACUGUUCGAGGAGGAGCUCGCCUUCUGGGGCAUCGACGAGACGGACGUGGAGGCGUGCUGCUGGAUGAACUACCGUCAACACAGGGAUGCCGAAGAGGCGCUGGACAGCUUCGAGCAGCCGGAGCCAGAGGAGCCGGAAGACGACCUGGAGCUGACUGCGGACGGAGAGCUCAAGAGGCUGUGCCUGCAUGAAGACGGGCGCAAGAGGAGCUGGUGGAGUGUGUGGCAACCCUAUUUCUGGAAUCUUUUUGAGGAUCCGUAUUCUUCCAAGAAUGCCAAGUACUGUGCGUUCCUCUCCCUUCUGUUCAUCCUCAUCUCCAUCACCACCUUCUGCUUGGAGACGCACGAGGCCUUCAACACCAUCUACAACAAAACAGAAAACGUGACGGUGGGCAAUGUGACGCGUCAGGAGAUCGUCUACGAGGUGGUGACCGAUGGCUGGCUCACCUAUGUGGAGGGAACGUGCGUCAUCUGGUUCACCAUUGAGGUCAUGAUGCGCGUGAUCUUCUGCCCCUGCAAGAAGGAGUUCUUCAGUAGCACCCUCAAUAUCAUUGACUUUAUUGCCAUCAUGCCCUUCUACCUGGAGGUGGCGCUGAGCGGUCUGGAUUCCAAAGCCGCCAAAGACGUGUUGGGCUUCCUGCGAGUGGUGCGCUUCGUCAGGAUCCUGCGUAUCUUCAAGUUGACGCGUCACUUCGUGGGCCUGCGGGUGCUGGGCCACACGCUCCGCGCCAGUACCAACGAGUUCCUCCUCCUCAUCAUCUUCCUCGCCCUCGGAGUGCUCAUCUUCGCCACCAUGAUCUACUACGCUGAGCGCAUCGGCGCCGACCCUGACGACCCUACGGCCGCCAAACACACAAACUUCAAGAACAUCCCCAUUGGCUUCUGGUGGGCUGUGGUCACCAUGACCACUCUGGGCUACGGGGACAUGUACCCCGAGACGUGGUCGGGGAUGCUGGUGGGCGCGCUGUGCGCCCUGGCGGGGGUGCUGACCAUCGCCAUGCCUGUGCCCGUCAUCGUCAACAACUUUGGCAUGUACUACUCACUGGCCAUGGCCAAGCAGAAGCUGCCCAAGAGGAAGGGCAAGCACAUCCCUCGGCCCACCAUGCCGGGCUCGCCCAACUACUGCAAGCCAGACGCCCUGGCCAUGGCCACCGCCGGGCCGGGGAUGGUGAGCUCAGGCAGCCUGGGGGGAGGGGACUGCCCUCUGGCUCAGGAGGAGAUCAUCGAGAUCAACAGGACAGAUUCCAAGCAGAAUGGCGACGCAGCCAACGCAGCCCUGGCUAACGAGGACUGCCCCACCAUAGACAUGGUGCUUGGGGAGGAGAGGAGUCCUGCUGCUGGGGGUCUGGGCACCGGCGGGAGCCGUGAGCGUUAUCCCCAUGACCGCGCCUGCUUCCUCCUCAGUACCGGAGAGUUCCGUGCUACAGACGGCAACGUGAGGAAAGCGACAGGCUAUGAGAAGUCUCGCAGCCUCAAUAACAUUUCGGGCAUGUCAGGAGCCCCCAUGCGCCUCACCCCCAUCACCAACCCUUUCGAUCCCCCGGGAACCAACCUCCGCCGCUGUCACUCCCCCAUCCCCUCCAUUUUGUAG